UUAAAAUGAUUGAUAAUAAAUUUUUAUCGAAAUUAUCGCAAAAUUUACUUGAAAUUUUGAACGAUGAUGAAUAUUAUGAUAUUACAAUUGAAGUUGGUAAUGACCCAGACGUAAAAAUAUUUCGAGCUCAUAUGGUUAUUUUGAAUUAUCGUUCUUCUCAUUUGCGAAGAAUUUUAUCAACAAAUAAAAAGAAGAAUGAUGGAACUUUAGCACAUAUUAAAUUACCAAAUAUUUUACC